AUGGCCCCGUCAAGAGCUCCCAGCAGAGCUCUGCUCCAGUCGCUGAGAUCUUUGACCUGCGAUGCAGCGCCGGCUGCCAGAGUCCGGAACUACUCCUCGACUCCGAUCGCGCGGCAGGACACUCAAGCUGCUACCAAACCCACCUCCUCUCCCGAAACCGUUGCGACCUACCGUGAAGAAUGGGAAUUGACAAAGGCGGGUACACCGCCGGUUGGAUCUCGAAGAAGGAGGCUUGCCAUGCAGCAGACGUCCAACAUUCCAUUUGACAGUCUUCCCUACCAAUGUUUUCAAGAAGCCCGGCAAAUCUUGAUACAGGACCGAGCGGAGAAAUUGAAGCAAAUUGAGACCGAAAGAGCGCGAUUACAAAGGACACGUAACACAGAUCCGAGCGAGAUAGCUGGAGGUGAAGCGGCGAAGGAGAAGCGGAUCAAGAGCAUGGAAGCGCAUCUGGAAAAGCUCAAGAUCUACGCCGACAUCAACGAUCCCAACGUGAAACGAAGAUUCGAGGACGGAAAAGCUGAUCUCGACAAACCCAUCUACCGUUUUCUGUCCGAACGCAAAUGGCGCGAAUACCGCCGCAAGGUCCAGGUCCAGCGCAUCGAGACCAUGAAGGUCGUGCCCGAUGUUGUCCCUCAGUGUGACCUCGAAGUGGACAUGAGAAUGUUUUUCGGCCGCCGGCCAGUCGCGCCUGGUGAUUUCGUUGAUUCCGCCGUCAGCGAAGAGCCUAUGCGGUUAUCGGUCCAGAGCUUCACUCGUGGCGAGCGUCUUCUCACCAUUGCUGUUAUCGAUCCGGAUGUUCCGAACCUUGAAACGGAUCGUUUCGAUUCUCGCUGCCACUUUCUCGCCACCAACAUUCCGAUUACACCUACCGCGCCGCUCAUCAAUUUCACGAACCUGUCCGAUUCGCAGAUUGUCCUUCCCUGGUUACCUCCGCAUGCACAGAAGGGCAGUCCCUAUCACCGUCUCUCUAUCGUUGUCCUCGAGCACAAAGAUAAUGUGCAGCUAGAGAAAGACGCACUUGCCAAUAUGUUCAACCGCGAGACCUUCCAUAUUCGCAGCGCACUUGCGCGGUACCCCGUCAGGGCCAUUGGCACUGCGCUCUUCCGCACCAAGUGGGAUGAUAACAUGGCCGAUGUCAUGGCGCGACAUGGCCUUGAAGGAGCCAACAUCGAGCUCAAGCGCAAGAAGGUUGAGCCCCUGCCAUACAAGCGGCGCAACCCGUCCUCGUUCAGAUAG